AUGCAAGACCCCCGGAGUCCAACCAGUCCCAUCUCCCGCCACACCAGCAUCUCCCAUACAAUCGAACGAACCCUUUCAAUCUCCACACAAACACAAACACAAACACAAGAACCUCAAGAAACGCCAACUCCGACUCUUACCAGCGAAAACUUCCAUCCUUCCUUCAUUCCUCUCCUUCGCCACCUAGAAAUCCGUCUGGCGCCCUUAGUAAACAACGUGACAGGCCUUACCCACCCCUCCUUCCCAGCAACAAUGCUAGCCUACAACCUCCUAACUCACGACCAAUGCGACGCACUCGCCCGCCACUAUGAUCAGGUCUGGCCGCCCACUAAGACAUCCCACAAUUACCCCGUUCCCAUCCGACCGUGGGUUGGUUCGGAAUUCGAGGCGCUAGUGGAUUUGGAUACGAAGAGACGACGCAUUGGGCAGUUUAUUGGGCUUCGGGGCUGUGAAUCACCGAUUUAUGAGGCUAAUGAGGAGAUGGAUAUUGAUAUGGACGAGGAGGAUGAGGGUGGAGAUGGGAGUGUGGAUGUCGAUAUGGAUAUAGAUGAGACAUUGAAACAGAUGCAGGGCGAGUGGGAUGAGGCGUUGAAGAGAGCUUGGAGGGAGGAAGGACAUCGGUGGAAUAUGAAGUAA